AUGACGCUUCUUUAGUGCGGAAAGGCUGCUGAGAUAACAGAUACGGCAGCGUUCUCUGAAUGGCUGACAAACACACAUCAGGAGCCGACAAGAAGGACUCUAAUGGUUCUUUAUUGGAUCCUAAGAUUUUUGGGCCUGAUGAAUGUAACGAAGAGGAGUCGGGAGACCGAAACCUAUGGCCAAGAUCCCUGGCUCGAAAAUGGAUCGUGAUGCUGUUUAUGGGCACCUGCUUCCUCUAUUGUGCGCGGAUGGCCAUGCCUGUCUGCGCCGUCUCAAUGGCUGCUACGUUUCAUUGGAGUAAAAUUGAUUCUGGGGUGGUUUUGGGUGGAUUCUUCUGGGGUUACUGUCUCACACAGAUCCUGGGAGGACACGCGAGUGACAGAGUGGGAGGAGAGCGCGUCCUGUUCUUCUCUGCAUUAUCAUGGGCUCUGAUCACAGCUGGCACUCCUCUGCUGGCCCAUCUUGGCUCUCACACCCUGGCUCUCAUGACUGUGGCCAGGUUUCUCAUGGGAAUAUUCCAAGGUGUUUUUUUCCCAUCUUUGGCCAGCCUGUGCUCACAGCGUGUUGUGGAAGGGGAAAGAGGGUUUUUAAUGAGCACAUUGCAAAGCGGUACACAUCUCGGAACAUUGUUAGCUGGUGGGUUGGGGACCCUGAUGCUCGACCGCUAUGGCUGGGAAAGCAUGUUCUACAGUAUCGGUUUCCUGUCCGGACUCUGGGCUCUCAUUGUUUGGCAGUGUUUACUAAAAGGCGAACUUACCCCAAAGGUGAUGGAAACAAAGAAGAACUCAGAGUGGAGUCUGUCAAGAAUACCCUGGCUGAGCCUUUUUAAGAAGCCGCCUGUCUGGGCCAUGGUGUUUGCUCACAUGUGUAUGUGCAGCACAUCCUACACACUGUUAUCAUGGCUGCCAACAUACUUCAAAGAAUCCUUUCCUCAUGCCACGGGAUGGGUCUAUAAUGUUGUUCCAUGGCUAACUGCAAUCCCAUCAGCACUUGUUGGAGGAUACGUUUCAGAUUUCCUCAUUAACCGAGGAUAUGGUGUAGCAUCUGUGAGAAAGAUAAUGCAGUUUUUUGCCAUGGGAGUAUCAAGUAUGUUUAUUCUACCUCUCUCUGGAGUUGUCACAUUUCCUGCAGCUGUGAUUUACAUUUGUGCUGCUGUGGGUCUCACCACCUUCACCAGCGGUGGUGUUUCUGUGAAUGUACAGGAUCUGACACCAUCGUGUGCAGGCGCCCUGUUUGGUUUUAUGAAUAUGAUGGGCUCUUUUGUGGGUAUGUAG